GGACGCCGAGCUCACGUGGUGCGGCUGACGUCACCGGCGGUGAGAGGAGAGGGAGAGCGCGGCCCGCUGCUCGUCGUCUCCCCGCCUCGUCCCGCUGCGGCGUCAUGGCUCCUCGAGCCGUCACGCCGACCCCGGUCCACGCGAGACGCUGAGUCGCCCCGGGCGGAUUGGCGAGAGCGCGAGUACCUGGCAGAGGCGCUGGUGCAUUGAGCGGGCUCCUACUGCGCUGGGCCAGCCGCUCUGUGCCGUGGCGUUUACCGCCCGCCGCCGGUAUGGCAUGGCAUAGCUCUUCGCACACGCGGUCCUACCUCACCGAGCCGGUAUGCAACGGGCGACGGUCGUACGGGCUUCCCCUGGUGACGACGCACACCUACUCUAGUGACUACCGCUAUUCAACUGGCAGCGGCGCCGACUACGGCGGCGUCGGUGGAGGCAGCGGCUCGCGCCUGCGCUCAAACUCGGGCGUGGAGGAACGCGUGGGGAGAAGCAGCUCACGCUUCCUCGACUCGCACCUCCACGACCUGAGCCGGCGCAGCGAGAGCCUCAGCCGCCUGCCGUUCCGAUCUCCGGGCUACGGUGGAAUCGGUGGCGGUAGCAGCGGCAUCGGCAGUGGCUACUACUCCCCGUCUGGGCUCAACGGGGGCUACAGCGGCGGUAGCAGUGGCGCGUACUCGACUUCGUACGGCGCGGGCGGUGCGUGCGGCUCCUACUCGUCGUUCAAGAGCUCGGCCGGACUCUCCUCCGCGUACGGCAGCAGCAGCCUCGGCAGCGGCCUCGGCAGCAGCAGCAGCAACGCAUUCUCGUCGACGCAGGCGCUUGCACGGCGCCGCUCCACCAGCCAGACGGAGCUGCACUUGAGCCGAGACCUGGGAGGGCUGUCGGUGGUGGGGGCUCGCCGGGCAGGUGCGGACGUGACGCGGCACGGCACCUCCAGCCACGACGACGAGAGCGGUGGCCUCAAGGGCUCGGCCAUCGGAUCCUCAUCCUACUUGGGCGGAACUGGUACCAGCAGCGGACGCUACACCGGAAACACGGCGCACUCGCCGCCCGAGAGGGAGAGUGCGGCCACCAAGACAGUGAAGGGCCUGGUCGGACUGCGGAACUUAGGAAACACGUGCUUCCUCAACUCUGUGAUCCAGUGCCUGAGCAACAGUAAUGAUCUGCGGGACUACUGCCUCAAGGGGGACUUCAAACAAGAGCUCAACAUGGGCAGCAGGAUGAAGGGCGCUCUCAUGGAGGAGUUUGCCCGGCUGCUGCAGGCGCUCUGGAGCAGCACGGGCUCAGAGACGGUCAGUCCCCAAGCCUUCAAAACGCAGAUUCAGAAGUACGCGCCCCGCUUCAUGGGCUACAACCAGCAGGAUGCACAGGAGUUCCUGCGCUUCCUGCUCGAUGGGCUGCACGGGGAGGUGAACCGCGUGCUAAGCCGACCCCGCCAGCCCAUCAGCGAUGACCUUGACUCAUACAGUGAUGAUGAGAAGGCAAAGAGGAUGUGGAAAAGGUACCUAGAGAAAGAGAACAGCAAGAUUGUAGACUUGUUCGUGGGACAGCUAAAGAGCUCGCUCAAGUGCAGCACUUGCGACUUCUGCUCGACGACUUUUGACCCCUUUUGGGACCUCUCGCUACCCAUCUCGCAGAAGUCAUACGAUUGCUCCCUCGUCGACUGCAUACGGCUCUUCACCAAGGAGGAGGUCCUGGAUGGAGACGAAAGACCGACAUGCUCGCGUUGCAAGGCGCGGAGGAAAUGCACUAAGAAGUUCACAAUCCAGAAGUUUCCCAAAAUCCUCGUCCUACACCUGAAGCGUUUCUCCGAGUCAUCCCGCCGCUACCAGACCAGCAAGCUGUCAACCUUCGUGGACUUCCCCCUACGAGACCUCGACCUGGGCAACUUUGCUGCUGACAAGAAUGUGUCUGCUGUGUACAACUUGUACGCCGUGGCCAACCACUCGGGCACCACCAUGGGCGGGCACUACAUCGCGUACGGGCGGCCGCCGGGCAGCUCUGAGUGGCACUGCUACAAUGACUCGCGGGUGACCCCUCUGUCCAUAGGUCAGGUGCGCUCGAGUGAGGCAUACGUGCUCUUCUACGAACUCUCCACGUCGCGCUUCUGAAACCUCCUACCAUGGACGCAGCUACCCGCCACGCCUAGUACUACCUGCCACGAACACAGCUAACCACCACGGACACCACUCCCCACCAUGGACACCGCAACGCGCCAUGGCCACAACUAACUUACUCGGACAACGCUACCUGCGAUGGACACUGCUACCAACCGUGGACAUGGCUAAUUACCACAGACAGCACUACUUGCCAAGAGCAGCGCUACCCACCAUGGGCAGCGCUACCCACCAUGGGCACAAUGCCAUAGACGCAGCUGCUAGUACUGACAGCCACGGACACAGCUACCUGCCACGGACUUCACCACCUUCCCUUCCCUGAUCUCCCACUCGGCAAAUGCUACCCUCGGCCAUGCUCCGGGGAGAUGUGUCCACCCCUCCCCAAGGCCGGGAUAAAUGGUGGGCCGUCCUUGUGGCCUUAUCACACGGGGAGAGCGUGCCACGCUCCGUUGCGUCUAAAUGAUGGCAGGAACUGAGCUUUUGCACUGCUUCCACAGCAACGUUUGUGACUUAAAGGCUUCAAAUAAGCAGCACGAAAGAAAACGCAUCUCUUAACCACACGAAAUGGUGCAAUCCUGUAAUUUACCCUCAGUAAGAUUAUUAAAACCAACAGAACAAAGGAGGUGAAUGUAGUUUGGCAGGGAGGUUUCGUCCGGUCUCUUUCCCAGCACUGACAGACAGUUCUGAAAGGUCCGUGGGUAUUAAACUGUGAUCAUGGAGUGCACUGAGCUGCUACAGACUCGCACUUCCAGCAGCGUUGGAACUGAAGGUUGACUAAACAGUGUUUAAUUUUACGGACAUGCUAGUGAAGCACGAAUGGAGCAUGGAACUGCACUAAAGGGUAGAAAAGCAGAGUGAGUGAGUGGCUGUCCGAAAGACACCGAAAGGGCUUGGAAGCUCAGGCGUUGGCAGGGAAGGAUACGACACCUGUGGCUGUCGUCGCUUCAAUCCAAGAGUCGCAUUUCACUUCCACAUUGCGUGUACCACUCACUUCCCUGGCUCCUAGCUUGGCAUCGCACCAUUUCUCAACAGCAAAAUGCAGUCCACAUGGAUUCUGGUUAACAGGGCUAGGCAGCGCCUCAUUUGGAAAUGUCUGUCACAAAUCCCCAGAGUCAUCCUGGGCUUGGGGAGGUGGGUUGUUCCUCAGGUGCGGAGCGACUUUCCCUGCACUCGUUGCCUUGUUUCGCCACUCGCUGGGAGUGAAACAUUGCCGCUCUGACAGAAAUUUCUGCAUUCAACUUAGCCCCGUGGGUCCCUCUCUCCCAUACAGGCAAUACGAUACAAUAGAUUACGGAUGUAUUUAAGUUCUGAAUGUAACUACAUCUGAAGACAUCACCACCUUGUGUUGAAGACCGUUCUUUAACAUAAGGUGGUGCUUUGCUCAUGGAGAGUUAUGGAUAUAAAUGUGUAGGUCUCGUAACUUGGCACCAAUAGCACAACAGGAAUGAAAUUUGGAGAAUGCACAUAUUUAUGUUGUUCCCAUUCCCCUGUCCCCUGGGCUCUGGAUACCUUUGUGAUUGGCAGCAGUCAUGUUUCUCAGAGCGGUAGUGUCUUACUGCAGGAUGUAACUGGCAGUAUUGCGCACUGCGCUUCGCAAUGAGUAUUGUAGAUAAGAGUGUGGUGCGUGUGUGCGCUCUAACUCGAAUGCACUUGCCCUCUUGCCGUUAUAUCCGCUAUAUAAUGUAAUUAUUUAAUAUAGUGUGGACAUUGGGGCUGCUGAGUGGGUAGUGUGGUGUUGAGAGGCAUUGAGUCUGCAGGUUUUCCAUGUGGGCACAGAUGGUCAGCUUUGGAUACCAUAUCUUUAUAGGCUUCUCUUUUCGAUUGCUACAUGACAAACAAACACCUGCAUAGUAAGACAUGUAAGAAGGAGCGCCAACACCUACAUAGUGUGCAUAAAAGGCAAAUGAGGGAACAUCAGAAGCACUUAUGUCACGUCAUCUUCCAGAGGUUUUGUGCUAACAUGGUGGUGUACUGUUCACUGUGAAUUCUAAAUAGUAAUUGCUUCAUGAUCUCUUGGCAAGAUACCGAUAGCGCAAUCGCUCUGUACUACGGAACAAGCAGACGUAUCGUUACCGUGAGCUCAUUACAGAGAUCACGAGGCCCAGUGCAUACUACCAAUGCAAUUGGCAGACAGGUCUGCAAUUCAGAGACAAUUAUUUAGCAGACAAUAUGCCUACUUCUCAUAUCUGUCCCUCUACAUAAUGUAAGUAUUGUUUACACAUCACAUGGCCUGCAAGCAGUGCAUAAUUUUAUCGGCAUUGGUUCAAUACACUAAAACUGGACAGGUUUCGCCAUUCAAACUCAUCAGACAUCAUUUUUAUGGAUUGUUUUGUUUUCAAAGUUGUCUGUCGAACUCUAUGCACCGAUGGUUACCAUACAGUACUCUCCAGCAGUAAGUAAAUAAGGGCCAGUCUGUGGUAGGCCCAGAAUUGCAUGGGCUGAGUGGUGAAAGAGUCUAGCCAGCCCAGGCCGGGUGCUGCUGUAUGAAGUUUAUUGAGAAUGUCCUCUUCAUUCAUACUAACUCUCACAGGCACUGGCUUCAUGAAAAACUGUUAUUAUUUUAGUUCCCUUACAUAAUUUGGUAAUGUAUUUUUUUAACUAUUCUACAACACAAUGGUGUAGUUGGACUGAGCCUAAUGUGCCCUUUAGAGUAUAAAUGAAAUGUUAAAUGAUUGUAAACACUUGGUGGUAAUUUAAUUUCACGACUAACUAGCAACCCAGCUGUUCUUUGAAUGUGACCGUCAAUCUCUCUCAGCCAGCAAAACUUCUAUUUGUAUAUAGAGCCCUGUGCUACUCCCUUUUUCUUGCCGUCUCAGAACUGUACAUCAACAUUUAUCUCGAUGUUUCGCUUUGUUAUUGCUAAUUCUUCCCUCCACUGUAUCUCACCCACUUCCCCCCCCCCAUCCCUCUUCCUGUUUCUCACCCUCACUCUCCUUAUCCCUACCUCUGACCUUUCCCAUCUCAAUCUCUCUUUCCUCUUCUUAAUCAUCUCUCCCACUGCUUUUCAUGUUCCCUUCUUGCCGUCCUCUUUCCUCGCCGCUUCAUCCCCUUCCACUCUCUGCGCCUCUCUGUCUCUUACUUCUCCAUCUCCCCACCCUAUACCUCUAUCUCCUGCCUCACCUCCUCCCUUUGCUCUAGUUUGAGUAUGAUCGAGUAUGAUGAUGAUGAUGAUAUGACAACACGAUAGAGUAUCCCGCACAUUUGUUUGGAAUACACAUCCGGAAUGGAUGGUGGGGGGGGUGACGACGGCGCGACGCACGAACCGGCUCAGUGCUGUGGGACGCGGGUGAUGUACCGUGCACUUGGGAGUGUAGCACCACAGCCAGACAGGAACCCACCCAGGUCAUCCAGCCAGAACACUUUUCUACUGUAGUAACAAACUGUAUAGGAAGCAGAGACUCGAUGGUUUUGAAGAAAACAGAAAUGGUGCAUUUUAUUAAUGCAGUUAAUACUUGUUAUGGUUAAGCACCAUAAAGUAAAACAAUGCACUUUUGAUUAGAACAAAAUGUACGUUAAUCGUAUUCAAGUCUCACGUUUUGCAGAGACACACGUAAAAUGAAUCAGUGUGAAAACUUCACGCUAUCAGAUUAUAAACAGCUACUCCCAUCCUGUGGGGCCACAAGGUGUCAGGCAGGGGAGCAAGUCAGCUGCUAAACCAGUGUUAUCCUCUUGUCUGCGUGGGCUUUCUCUGGAUUCCCCCCGCACACAAAAUUAUUCAACAAAAAAGCCACUAAACGUCAAAAGCAGGAGUUUCCUGAAAAAGACAUGAAGCGAGUGAGGAUUUGGUGGGUAGAGAUACGGGGGCAUUUAAUAUUGUUAUCAAUUCCGUGGCAUGUCCCACGUCUGCUAGGCAAAACAAAAGACGGUUCAUGUUCAUUUAUUGGGUAUAGCCCUGUGAGCCAUUCGGCUCUGGAAUCGGGUGCAACCGCAACAAACAAAAACAUGAACAAGAAACAUCUUAAAGUAAAUAUGGUGGUCGCAGACGAGCACUGGAAGGAGGGCACCAGGUUGUUUCACCCGAAGCUCGUGUUUGCAAUUCUGCCUUACUAUGAGCAAUUCUAUAGCACAACCCAAUGUUGAUUUUUCACAAAGAAGUACUAUUUUUUUAAACAGUGGACGCAUGAUGAGCCAAGUUGACCUCUGACAGUACAUUUCGAUGAAUGCACUGUGAGCACGGACACUUAAAAAGGUUGACGUGUGGUUCAUGGUAGCAUGAUGGUCAGCGGGAUUGGGGGGCCACACUCGGUGGUUGUCUAGUUGGUUAGCUGACAAGAUAGUGCUCGUGGCUCGCUGGCUACUUGACUUGGUUGGGUUACUAGGAAAGCCAGUACUCGUGGCUGGUUGGCUCGUUGGUUUGGGUCGGGAGUAAAGUUGGCAUUUGGUUUUCUAGUGCGCUUCACCCACACACUAUUUGCUUCUAUUUCACAUCACAAUGCAUGUCUUUUUAGUCGUGUCUGUCUAGGUCUUUACAGUUUUACCCAGGCAGAAUGGGGAAACAAAAUUACGUUAAUAAUAUUAACACCUGUCUGUGUCAGGCAGUUGUAGAAACAAACCCCGACAUGGUAAAAUGAAAAAACUGCGUUAUUUCAUUCACAUAUUCCAAAGCCUUGAAAAUAAUAAUAUAAUUUUACCAACAUUUCAGUUGUGUCUUGAGGUAUCUGUAAGUCCCGACACCAUAACUUAGUUGUUGCACUCUGCAGAAUUAUUAAUGGGUUUGAACAAAUGUGUUUUAAUUAUUGUUUUUAAUAAUACCACUUUUAUUGCUGUGUGAUAAUUCAAUGUUGUGCUUUUUAAAUUUUGCUUUUGGUGCAUCCAUUGAGACACCAAGGCAUCCAAUCACCAGUAGCCCCCCACCCCAAGCUCUGGCAAGCACUAGAUAUUUGAAAAGGAAAUCUUACCUCUGAAGUACAGUAUUGUGUUAUAUGGAAAAUGGAUGUACUUUAGCUUGGGAUACUGUAUCUGUAAAAGAUGGCAGUGCAGCCAAUAUGGCCUUGACCCUAUCCCAAACCCAUCGCCGCCUCCUCCCACUUGCUGUGUACCCCGCUUCUGUCGCGAGUGUUUUGGUUUGAUGCUCUUUCCCCCAGUUAUUUCUCAUCAUUGCUUUGUUCAUCUGUGAUGGCAGGUAUGAACAAAUAGGCAACGGGCAGGCAAUUUGGCAUGCACAGAGGGCAUCUAAUUCCACAAUUCUUUAUGGUGGCGGUAAGUAAAGUACUAUGCUUCCCCAAAUUAAUACAGUAUAAUUCGUCAUCCCAAUUGGUUGUAACUUGUUGGUGGCUCUGGGGUAGAGCAAGCAGCUCACAAAAAUAAAGUUGCAAAUUUAAUGUCUGGUUAGGGGUUGCGGAGCGCAUCAUGCCUGCGGCGUUGAUAAAAGUAUUACUCUUUGGAAAAAAUCAACCGUUUUGAUUUGCCCCUGCCAUAAGAAUCUGGAUUCCCCACCGCUUGCUCAGGGCUGUGAAUCGUAGAGGAGCACAAAUGCCUCUGCUCAUUUCAGCAUCAGGAAGCACCGACCACACAUGUCCCAUGGUUGCUUGUCACCUCCGCCCUCCUCUCCCCCUUCCUUUAACGCUGCAAUUGUUCACCCGCACCACAUGUGUGAACGUGAGAUGGAUGUGUGCAAUCGUUCUUUAGAGCAGCUUUGUGGUGAUGGUGUGGUCCAGUUUUCCACCACCACAGGCAUGGGGAUUUUCUUGAUUUGUCCACGUCGGUACAUGCACACUCGGUUAUGAAAACGUGUAACUCGUGAAUGUACGGCGUCGUGAACAGUAAAACCAGUGGCCGGCUGAACAAAUCACUUAAGUGGAGCUACCCUCGAGUUGUGUAGAGUAGUGCAAGUUAAAGGUAAACAUCAAUAACUUGUGUUUUAUGCAGUCAGCCGCUGAAAUGAAAAGUGAUCAAAGUGAAACAUUAUUUGGCAAGGAUGUGAAGGGGGUAGGGUGCAGAGGACACUAGGUCUUCCCCCAAUUCUAACAAACCAGCCCCCAGGACAAACCCUGACCUAAAACCCAAGGUCGGCUCUGCUGCUUCACCUGGCCCAUUCAGACCUUUGUUCACUUUUCAUUAUCAUUGUUCAGAAUGCUCCAUCUGUAAGGCACCGUCACCCAGCUGUACACUUAGGUUGCCAGUGUUUGCUUCAGUUGGUAUCUCAUCAAGAGUAAGUAUGUACGUUGAACUUCUUUCGCACCAUACGUAGCCAACCGUGCUAAUCGGAGGUGUGAGGGAAGGUCAACAAACUAAACACAAAGCAGUUCUAAAUAAAAUAAAAUUAGAUUUAAAAGUGUAUAGCCAGUGGCUUCCUAAUAUCAGAAGGAAGAGCGAUCCAGACGGCUGCAGAAGCACAUUUGAAAGCCCACGAUGCAGUGACCAUCUUUGUUCGAUGGUGAGCCAAAAGCCACUGCGUGGAUGACCAGAGUUUGUGUGAUGGUUUGUGCUCCUAGACGAUAUCAGCAAGGUAUUGUAUUGUAAUAUUGAUACGCAGAGGCUGUCAUUUAUUGGAGUCUGCUGGUCUUGGACAAUGUCCUGUUGGAUAAAACUCAAGUACCGUCGUCUCCCUUUACAUAUAUGGUUUUCAAUGAAAAAAUAUUGCAAAAGUUUGCUCAUAUUUUAUGCUUUAAUUCCAAGUAACUGGAAGUAAAGGUGAACACAGGGACGACCCGAUUUUAAGAAGCAACCACCCAACAGAGGCACUUGUUUCCCCAUUUAGACUUUGUCCCGGGCAUAUUUCACACGUUUACAUCUUUGUUCCAGUUGAUGUCUCUCCAUUGCAGAAUUAACAACAUAAUCAAGGAACUGUUAACAGUGGUGCACGAGCAAUUUUUUUCUUUUACAAAUCUGUCGUUACCACUGCCUCAACUCUGAAGGGCCUUGGCCCAAACAUUAGAACAUUAUUCUUUUGUUUUACAAAGCCAAAUAAUAAUUUUGUGAUUGGGAAUGAGGUCACUAAGGGGUUUAUGGAGCGCCUAACCUUAAUUUCACAGCUCUCAUUAAGGAAGUUUAAAACUCAUAGUUUUUUUUUUCAACAAGCUGUUUCUGUUCAAGAUAGUUCUUAACGUUGCAUGGAGUGAGCCUUUUUUAUGUGUGCACCACUGCAAACUACGUGCUGUAUUUUAUUUCAUUCCCGUGUCGAACGGCUCUGGGGGGACACUCGUUCAUGCAUCUGCAAGAGCUCAGGUUUGGAUUGCAUCUUCCUCUACGUAGCAGCAGCAGCAGUCAUGAAGCACGGCUUACGGGGCUUAUGGCUCUCCCAUCAUAACUCAAAGCCUUUGCUUCAGGAUAUUGAAAUUGUCGAGAGGUCAAAGCUCUUAUCUGAGCAGGCCAAAGCCAUUCGUGAAGAUUGUGCAUCACCCAUGGACUCAUGGCUGUACCACAGUUUUAGAAGCAGCCGUGAGAUCAACGUCUGCCUGUGUCAAGACUUAACCGUGACUUGGUUUAAACAUGAAUAUACAUCAUCAUACCAUUCUGGGGAGUGUGUGGGAAGAGAGCUAAUAUAAUGUAUAUGCGCUUGGUUUUCAAAAUACGAUGUUUUAAAAGAUAUGCAGGAUUUGCAAGUAUAUUUAAAAUAAAUAAAUUAUAGACAUUUA